GGCGGUACGCAGAACACUUGACCAAUAUAAGUUGACCGCCUUGGCCACAGUCACGACUCUCAAAGAGCGACUACGUACCUUUCCCUGUCCAUCGCGCCCAGCCCCCCUUCCCCCUUAGCAAUCGCCACCAUGCCCACGCACCACCAGCCCAAGCCGCCCGACGAGCGCGGCCUCAAGAUUAUCCACGCCAGCUUCUUCCGCAUGGGCACAAACUCCAUGGCCACGGCAUACCAGAUGCUGGGGUACAAGGUCCACCACGGCCUGCUCGAGAAGAUGUUCGACUCGCCCUGGGCAGAGCUCGAGCGCGCCGCCGAGGCAACCUACCCAUCUAUCCUGCAAGACCCACCGUCGUCGUCGUCGUCGUCGUCGUCACGGCCUCGCCCACGCCCGCGCCCUCGCCACACCCGCAAGGACUGGGACGAGCUCUGGGGCAACACCUACGACGUGGCCACCGACCUGUCCUGCCCGUUCACCUUCGAGCUCCUGGCCGCGUACCCGGACGCCAAGGUCGUCGUGGUCCAGCGCGACUUUGACCAGUGGUGGCCCAGCUUCGCCUCGCAGAUGCGCGACACCGCCAUGCCCAUGCCCCAGGCCGCCAUCGCGAGCUGGGCCCUGUGGAACCUGAUGGGCUGCCGGGCGGGCUACGCCGUGCAGAAGAUGCUCAAGGGCAUGUUUGACGUCCGGGGCGCGCCGGAGCUCGACGAGAAGCGGGCCAGGCUUGUCUACGACGAGUACUUUGCCAGGGUGAGGAGGGAGGUUCCCCCGGAGAGGAGGCUCGAGUUCAACCUGGCGACGGAUGGGUGGGCCCCCUUGUGUGAGUUCCUGGGGAGGCCGGUGCCCGGGGACGGAGUGGACUUCCCGUUCCUGAAUACCAGGGCCUCGCAUGAUGCCCUGGUUGCGGGUCGGAAGGGAGUCAUCUAUAAUGCACUGGCCGCGCUCGGCGUCGGGGUCUUGGUCUUGGGCGGAAUCCUUGUGGCGUGGUCCAUGCGGUGAAGAUGUCGCGCUGUUUGUUUACUGAGCCAUGUUUACGGAAUUUCGCGACUUUGGAUUCCACCGUUGCGGGACGGCAAUAAAGAGCACGAAUAUAAUGAGGAAAAAUAAUGAAAGUGAUGAGGCAGCGGUUGGUGUGUGAGGUCCUUUGUAUCAUGUGCAAACUGGGUUGAUUACAGACGCUCGAAAACUCC